CCAUGUUGUUGUUCGUGUUGAGUGCCGAAAUGCAAACAAAAACGGAAUUUCCAAGAAGAAUUGUAGUUUUAAAGUUGCAUUUAAACUUGUAAAAUUGCAAUGAAUUAAACAGGUUUCUCUUAUUUUCGACUUCAAUCGAGCAAAAAUUGUCGCGCGUUGAUAACAAUUGUUAACUUCAACACUCCCUCGUCGCCAGAAAGCGGUUAUUAUGCAUCGAGUCCCGGCAGUACGAUGAACAUGACUCCCGAAUACACUGGAAAUGCUCAAAAUUAUCCCGACUUUAUCAAUGUACAAGGCGUCUCCCUUAUCGCGCCAAAAACGCCACAAAACUUCUUUCGUUUUCGUUACGAGUCAGAAAUGCAUGGCACGCAUGGAUCCUUAAUGGGAAAAGAUUCUUCACGUGAAAUCAAAACAUUUCCCACAGUGAGACUUUUGGGCGCGGAACUCCUGCCAAAUAAUUCUACGGUUCGUAUUCGAUGUACUUUGGCUCAAGCCGAUCGCACGAACGAUGAAAUUCCUCAUUCGCACAAAUUGGUGAUCAAAAGCGGAGAACAGGAGCGAUAUGAUCCCCAUUUUGUCGAAGCAAAUUUUCAAAAUGGAUAUACCGUCGAGUUCAAAGGUAUGGGCAUCAUCCAUACAGCGAAGAAAGACAUCAUUAAGGAAUUGGGCGCUAAAUUGAUACGUUUGAAGGAGUUUGAGCUGGAAAGACCGUUGACGGAUUUGGAAAGAAACAUAGAACUAACCAAAGUUCAAAAGUUGAAUGUGAAAUCGAUGAAUUUGAAUCAAGUUUGUUUGUGUUUUGAAGCAUUUUGUUAUGAUGUGAACUUCCAAAAAUGGAUCAAAAUUUGUCCUGGGAUUUAUUCCGAGCCGAUUAACAAUAUCAAAAGUGCCUUAACAGGCGAACUAAAAAUCUGUAACUACAGUACUUGCGUUUCGCCCGCCGCUGGAGAUCAAGAAGUCUAUCUUCUCGUGGAAAAAGUAAAUCGUGGCGACAUCAAAGUUCGCUUCUUCGACAACGAAGGAUGGCAAGAUUUUGCUCGCGUCGAUACCGUACAUCAUCAAUAUGCGAUCGUUAUGCGAACGCCUCCAUACAAGCUGCAAACGAUAACUUCUCCUGUGCAAGUUUGGUUUCAUCUUUAUCGCACAAAGGACGGUUGCGCCUCAAUGGAACGCGAAUUCACCUACAAACCGAACGAAAUUCAAGAGAUUCCGGGACAGAAACGAAAGAUGCGACGAGUUGAAGAGGAAAAUAUCAUUCCGACGCCCAUCACUGAGUUGGUUUCAUCGACGACGACGUCAACAAUUGAUGAAGAGAUCAAUUUAGAUUUUGAUUUGGAUUAUCCAUUGACGCCGGAAGAUCAAGAAAAGGUUGAACAAAUACUUGAAGACUUGGAACAGGGCACACUUGACUUUGACAGUGUACCGGAAAAGAAAGAAGAUACAAAAUCCAUUAAAAAAGUGAAAGAUGUGCAUGAGUUACUUACGGAAAUAAUCAAAAAAGGAGACGAUAAUUCCUUUGAAAACAUCCUAAAAUUGGUAAAAAAUCACAAGAUGCUUCAAAAAUUGGUAAAUAUGCAAGAUAUCAGUUUUGGCGGGAAACGAAUGACGCUCCUCCAUCUUUGUUGUAUCUAUGGGCGAAGUACUUAUUUGAAAGAAUUGAUCGAUAAAAGUACGGAUUUGAAUAUCGUCAAUAUCGAUGGCAACAAUGUCCUCCAUUUGUGUGUCGAAUUCAACAAAAUUGAUUGUUUGAAGACACUUUUGAGCCAUAAAAGUAAAAUUUCAAUGGAUAAUAAAAACUAUAAAGGAUGGACUCCCUUGCAUCUGGCUGUCAAACGUGAUUUACUUCCAAUUGUUCGUAUUUUGGUCGAAAAUGGCGCCAAUUUGUUAUCAACACGUCAAACAUUGACAUUUGAAACGGUUUUGCAUACAGCUGUUGAACAAAAAUCCCUUGAAAUGGUGAAAUUCAUACUAAAAAUUACCGGAACACAAUUACUCAACACUUUCAAUGGCACGGAUAAAACUCCUCUUGAUAUUUUGUACGACUCUACUGCGAAAUUGGAUGCGACUCAACAAGAAAUUGCACGAAUUUUACUUUCACUUGGUGGUUGGUCGAGUCAUAUCAAUGAAAAUGAGAGUUCUGAUGAUCAUCAAAGGACGUACGAAGAAGUUGAAAGUGAUGAGGAAGAUGAAAAUGUGUCAAAUAUUGAGCCGCCAAUCGAAAAUGCCUUCAAAGAAAUGUCUCUUAAUCAAUCAGCGCCGAAAAAUCCCAUCAAAUUUGACAAAAAGGGCAAAGAGGACCUCUGCGCGAUCCUAAAUGGCACAAAUUCGUGGCAACAAUGCGCACAACUGCUUGACUUGGAGAACCUUUGUGACAUUUGGGGUCGUCAAGACAAUCCAUCAGACUGUUUAUUGGCGUACAUUGAGGGCUGUGCUUUUGAAUUGCAAACGGUAAUUGAUACGUUGCAAAUGCUCCAACUCACCGAAGCAAUUUGCGUUGUCGAUGCCAUGAUCGCACGACAGUUGAGUUAAGUUGUGUAAUUAAAUUUAAGUGCAUUUUAUGGGCAUGUAAAGUAAGAAACCAAACAAACCAGUGAACGAGAAGAGAGACAAUAAAAAGUUGUUGUUUAUACUA